GUGCUGUAGAGUUGCAGAUCUCCUGCUUCUCUGAAGCCGAGAGGAUCUACAUGUUGGCCAAAGACACGACGGUGGGACAGCAGGCGCUCACGGCGCUCGUCCUCCCCGAGGUCGCGCACGGCGAGCUGGGACCAGACGUCUGUCCCCUGCUCGUCUUCGUCAACCCGAGGAGCGGCGGUCUGAAAGGCCGAGAGCUGCUCUACAGCUUCCGGAAGCUUCUCAACCCUCAUCAGGUCUUUGACAUUUCCAACGGAGGGCCGCUGGCCGGCCUCCACACGUUCCGGGACGUUCCCAGGUUUCGGGUGCUGGUCUGCGGGGGGGACGGGACCACGGGCUGGGUCCUGGGAGUCCUGGAGGCCGUCCGCCACAAACUGGCGUGUCGAGAGCCGCCGAUCGGCAUCGUCCCGCUGGGAACAGGUCGGACAAAUACUAUGACAUAA